AACAACAAAGGCGGCCGCAAAAGCGGCUGGCAAAUCAAUAGCAAUAGAAAGAAACAAUAACAAUAACAAUGAGCAUCGACGACGUCAUCUACGUAAUCUGCCUACUGGCCUGCAUCGGCGCUGGAAGCUAUGUGAAGAAGAUCAGCGAUGAGGGGCAGCGGAAAUUGGUGUCCACCGCCCUGGGGGUGAUUGUGGUUGUGAUUGUUUCCGGUCUCCAUAGUCUCCACUGCUUUGCAUCCUUGGCCUUGGGCACAGCCAGUGUGCUCCUCGUACAUCCUAGCAAAUGUCAUCUGGUUACGUUUGUUGUAAUGUUUGGCUACCUGGUGUUCUUCCGACUCUUUGACUUUUACCUGGGAAUCCCUGGCCACACGAACAUGAUUCAAAUGAUACUCACCCUGAAGGUGUCUGGAAUAGCUUUUGAGAAAACGGCAGCAUGGAAACGAAUAAAUGCUCGGGAGGAGCAAGAUAAGAAGGAGGAUAGAGAUGUCAACUCAGAGAGUCUCGUAGAGAUUACAGAUUAUGAUGUGGAGCUGCAGACUCUGGGGGCGGCAGAAAUUGUUCAUUAUAGCUUCAACUAUAUUGGAGUUCUAACAGGCCCCUACUAUCGCUACCGCACAUACAGAGACUACUUUGAGAUGCCAUUCAAGACUCAUGCGCCCAGCAUUGAGGCCACGCUGGAGAAGCUUAAGUAUGCAGUCUUUUACUGCGCUCUUUACCUAACCACAAACUAUCUUUGGCCCCUAGAUUAUGCCCUGAGUGAUCAGUUCUACAAUGACCGCUCCUUUGUCUACCGGCUGUUGUACGUUUGGCCCACAUUCUUUACAUUCCGUGCCCGCAUUUACACGGGCCUGACCCUGAGUGAGUGCGUGUGCACCAUGGCCGGUUUCGGAGCCUAUCCGGAUGAGUCUGAUCCCAACAAUGGCGAGGGUCCCCGCAAGCGCUACCAGCACUUGAAACGAGACGCCGAAAAGCACAAGUACAACUUCAACACGAUUGUAAAUACCAGAGUACUGGAUGUGGAGCGAUGCUGGACCUUCAGGGAGGGCAUGAAACACUGGAAUGUCUGUGUCCAGUAUUGGCUUGCCGUGAACGUUUACAAACUCUUCCCCAGCAAGAAAUACAGAACCGGUGCCACCUUGCUGUGCUCUGCCUACUGGCACGGUUUCCGGCCGGGACACUACUUCUGCAUCAUGGGAGCCCCCUUUUACGUCUCACUGGAGGAUAUGUGGCACAAACUGGUCCGCAAGGAUGCUACUGGCACCAGCCGCAACGUGAUCGACGUUCUGUUCUGGAUCUUCAAGUGGUUUGCCUUCAGCUACUUGGGAGAGGCUUUCCUGCUCUCCUCGUUUGGAAACAUUUGGCGCUUCUACAGCUCGGUCUAUCACAUUGGAUACAUCAGCUGGGCGGCAAUGAUAGCCUUAGGAUUAUAUCUGACCAGUCAGAAAAAGGCAGCCGAAAGGCGGAAGAAACGGGCAGAAGAGAAGGCCGCAGGAGGAGAUGCAACCUCUUCUCUAGUUGACAAAGAAAAGUCUCAGUAAUAGUCUUUUUAAUCGCCUAUCGGUUCAAUUUUGGGACAACUUCCUGUAAGUUUUCCAGUAGAUAUCGGAAAGUCUGCCAUAUACUUGGUUAUAAAUACCUUUUCCAAUCUAGUUCUAUUCUAUUGUAAAAA